AUUCCGGCACGCAGAGGCUCCCCCGCGUCCGUGGCGUCCCCUGCGGCGCGCUCUUGCAGCCCCUUUCCUGGGCGGAAGUCAGCGUGAGGCUCCGGCCCGGUUGGGAUCUUCUCGGAGGAAUGGCGCCGCCGGGUUCAAGCACUGUCUUCCUGUUGGCCCUGACAAUCAUAGCCAGCGCCCAGGCUCUGACGCCCAGGCACUACCUCACCAAGCACGAUGUAGAGAGACUGAAAGCCUCACUAGACCGCCCUUUCACAAGCUUGGAAUCUGCUUUUUACACCAUUGUGGGACUCAGCAGGCUCGGUGCCCAGGUGCCAGAUGUAAAGAAAGCAUGCACCUUCAUUAAAUCAAAUCUUGAUUUCAGCAAUGUGGAUUCCCUUUUCUAUGCUGCCCAGUCCAGCCACUUCCUCUCAGGGUGUGAGAUCUCUAUUUCAAAUGAGACCAAAGAUCUGCUUCUGGCAGCUGUCAGUGAAGACUCAUCUGUUACCCAGAUCUACCAUGCAGUUGCAGCCCUCAGUGGCUUUGGACUUCCUUUGGCUUCUCAAGAAGCACUUGGUGCCCUUACUGCUCGCCUCAGCAAGGAAGAGACUGUGUUGGCCACAGUCCAGGCUCUGCAGACAGCAUCCCACCUGUCUCAGCAGGCUGACCUGAGGAGCAUUGUGGAGGAGAUUGAGGACCUUGUUGCUCGCUUGGAUGAACUGGGAGGUGUGUACCUCCAGUUUGAAGAAGGACUGGAAACAACAGCGUUAUUUGUGGCUGCCACCUAUAAGCUCAUGGACCAUGUUGGGACUGAGCCAUCUAUUAAGGAGGACCAAGUUAUCCAGCUAAUGAACACAAUCUUCAGCAAGAAGAACUUUGACUCACUUUCAGAAGCUUUUAGUGUGGCCUCAGCUGCUGCUGCACUCUCUCAGAAUCGCUACCACGUGCCAGUUGUGGUUGUGACCGAGGGCUCUCCUUCUGACACCCAUGAACAGGCUGUCCUGCGGUUGCAAGUCACUGAUGUUCUGUCUCAGCCUCUGACUCAUGCCUCUGUCAAACUGGAAUAUGCUAAAUCUGUUGCCUCCAGAGCCACCGUCCUCCAGAAGACGUCCUUCAGUCCUGUAGGGGAUGUUUUUGAACUGAAUUUCAUGAGUGCCAAGUUGUCCAGUGGUUAUUAUGACUUUUCUGUCAAAGUUGAUGGCGAUAGCCGUUAUAUUGCAAAUGCUGUGGAGCUCAGAAUCAAGAUUUCUACUGAAGUUGGCAUUACAAAUGUUGAUCUCUCCACUGUGGAUAAGGAUCAGAGUAUUGCACCCAAAACUACUCGGGUGACCUACCCAGCCAAAGCCAAGGGCACAUUCAUCGCUGAUAGCCACCAGAACUUUGCUUUGUUCUUCCAACUGGUGGAUGUGAACACUGGUGCUGAACUCACCCCUCACCAGACGUUUGUACGACUGCAUAACCAGAAGACUGGCCAGGAAGUAGUGUUUGUUGCUGAACCGGACAGCAAGAAUGUGUACAAGUUUGAACUGGAUACAUCUGAAAGAAAAAUAGAAUUUGAUUCUGCAUCUGGCACUUACACUCUUUAUUUGAUCAUUGGAGAUGCUACUUUGAAGAACCCAAUCCUUUGGAAUGUGGCUGAUGUGGUCAUCAAAUUCCCAGAAGAAGAUGCUCCAUCAACUGUUUUGUCCAAGAAUCUUUUUACUCCCAAGCAGGAAAUCCAGCACCUGUUCCGAGAGCCUGAGAAGAGGCCCCCCACAGUGGUGUCUAAUACAUUCACUGCCCUCAUCCUCUCACCCUUGCUCCUGCUCUUUGCUCUGUGGAUCCGGAUUGGUGCCAAUAUUUCCAACUUCACUUUUGCUCCAAGCACAAUUAUCUUCCACCUGGGACAUGCUGCUAUGCUGGGGCUCAUGUAUGUCUACUGGACUCAGCUGAACAUGUUCCAGACCCUGAAGUACUUAGCCAUCUUAGGCAGUGUGACAUUUCUGGCUGGCAAUCGGAUGCUAGCACAGCAGGCCGUCAAGAGGAUCGCUGCAGAGCAGAGCAGUAGAUUGGCAAAAUAUAGGACACUACGGACAACACAUUAGUUCCAGAAGAAGAAAGGAAAUUCUGAAAGCCAAAAUGAAUAUUGUGAAAAGGAAUCAAGAAAAAUUCCCAGUUUGAAAGGUGGAAUGAAAAACUUUACUUAAAAAAAAAAAAAAAGUCACAAUUGUAGUCAUAUUUUGGCUUGGUUUUUUUUUUUUUUUUUUAUUUCCCCAACACAGAGAAGACACUUGUGAGCCCAGAUACUAUUUCCUUUGGCAUGGUGCCCCUAGCAAGAUGCUGUGAAUAUUCCUAACUUACCUAGUUGUUGAACUGAAAGUUGAAAUCUGUAAAUCUGUUUUGGAAUAAAGAGAAUAACAGAAA